UCAGACGAUAAAACAAGAGGCAACGACUUCGGAUGCCGGUUGGGUUCAGAAUCAAAAGUUUUUCAUCGGAAUAAUUACCGCCCCACAUUCCGAUUUGCUCAAACAUUUCCAUAAUAUACUUUGGAUGUAACGCAGGUUUCUCUCUGGUAACGCAUGGUAUUCUACCUAGUUGGCUGUAGGCAGCAGAUUAUUCUUGAACCGUGGUUCGUUGGAGUUACGAUGACCAUCGGAGUUUGGCGCGUGCGCUUAAUUUUUCGUAGAUCUGUCAACGUAACGUGCGAAACUCAUGUGUAUAAAACCGAGUGAUUAACCCGAAUAUGACCGGAUGAAAUGACAUAAGUGUUUUUUAAGCGUUUUAAGUCAUUUUUAUGCAAAUGCGGUAGUGCCGUACAAUGCUUUAACCGAAGGUACAACUAAUAUAGUGUAGCGCAUCAGCUGUUGUCCGGUCGAGAUGAGCACGGAACAUCGCUUUCAGAUUAAAGAGUAUCUGAGUUCGGAGGAUCAAUACGUCGGAUACUCGGGUCCAUGCGAUGCGUUGUUCAAGAAUGAUGUAUAUUAAGAAGCGAUAUUAAUCUUACCGAAAGCAAUUUUGUUACAACUCUAAAAUGGGGACGAAAUUUGCUGCAUACACACUAAAGCUCUCGAGUCUUCACGAUUACCAUCAAAGACUCCUACACGCGAUUCAGCCAACUCCCUCAGGAUUCGACAUGACUAAUACCAUAAAAUACUUUUCUCAAACAUUGCUUUCCCUCCUCAAAGACGUUCCUGAUUCUCCGUUAGAAAUGAUAAAAUCACAAGAGUUUGAUUCACAGAGAAUGGCACUGUAUCCAAACUUGGAUUAUAAACAGCUCUACAAUGCAGUGAUGCAGCUCAUGGAUGUUGUUCCCCUGGUGCACAUUGGUCUGCAAUCAUUUGGCCAGGCAAUACUGCAAUGCUUGUGUUGUUUAUUGCCAUUUUUGGAACACGAUCUUGUAGACAACUUGCCAUAUCUAACAGCAAGUGCUAUAUCCGUUCUACCAGUUGAACUGCAUCAGGAGAUUGUGAAUUACCUCUGUUUCUAUAUUCUACCCUUCACAAUUACACGCAAAAUUGAAGAUGGAACAGAAAACUAUGCUAGUCAAUCUGUUUCUGCUGUCAUCAUGACGGUGUUCCAGUACUCAAAUAAUCCUGCACAUCAUUGUCAGUUAUUAGAAUGUUUAAUGGCAUUGAAACCUGGAGUGGUAAAAGACAUAUUAUGCGUAAUUGCAUAUGGGACAGCUCCUGCUCGUGCAUCUGCUGCAAAACUCUUAUUCUAUUACUGGCCAACCUUCAAUGCAAAUUUGUUUGAUCGCCGUGCUGUAUUGAUGAAAUUUACAAACGACUUGACUCCAUUUGUAUGCCAAAGAGACAUGUGCCCAAAUGCUGGUAAUGCCGAAGCUGGAAAAGUUUGCUAUGAUCAUUACAUUUCAAUUACAUUUGCAACUGAUUCACCACCUCCACUUUACUUGUGCAUAGAGUGUGCCAAUGAAAUUCAUCGUGAACAUCCGAAUCAAAUGUUUUAUGAUAUUCUUCAUCCAAUGCAACAAGUAUCCAUGGUUUGCGAGAAUAAGAACUGUAGGGCAACUGAUAAGGCAGCCAUAAGCGUUUGCUUUUCUACGGAAUGCGCAAGCUAUAAUGGAAAUCAUCCGAUUCGUUACUGCCAACAAUGUCAUAAUAUUCGACAUAACAAUCGUCGAGGUGGUGAUCAUGUUUUCCAUACUGCAUUGCCACAUAUAUCACACAUGGAUUCACAGAUGCAGACGUAUAUGGUCCAGGCUAUUGUCAGCCUGCUUAAGGAGGCUGAACCGCUAAGUAUGGAUAGUAACAAAGAUUCGUUGGAAAUUAAUACUAAUAAAGGAGGGACAGGGUUCUCAGGAACUGGCAUUGGUCAAGGUGGUCAAGGCGCUGAUCCCGCUAGUUUGGAGGAACGGCAACUAUUGGGUCGAUAUGGAGUAUGGCUGCUCGUGGGACUCUGCACACCGAAUCAGGAUACACCCGUCCAAAUUCUCGGCCGUUUAUUGUCAAUGCUAUUUCAUUGGUUUCAUGUUACUGCUUACUCCUUUGAUGGUACUAAAAAAAGUCUUAUGCAUCUUAUCUUUUCUGUUGGUCAAGCUGAAAGCACUUUGGAAAAGUUAAAAACUGACUAUGUUUGUGGCUGGUUGUCUGAAAUUGCUAAGACACAUUAUGAAGUAUUUAUUUCUUGCCUGCUUCCUCAUCCUACAGACUAUGUGAGAGUCGGAGGACACUGGGAAACUUUGGCAUCUAGAACAUCCCAUUUGAAAGAUGGUUUAAACAGAUUAUUUUGCCUCGUUCCUUAUGAGGUGAUCACUCCUGAAAUUUGGGAUUAUGUAAUGCCGCAUUGGAUGGAAGCCAUGGUCAAUGAUGUGCCAGAAAAGGAACUCAAUGAACUGAAAAUUAUAUUAUGCAAAAUCUUGGAUCCAGAUAUGAGCCCACUUGGUUUCGAUGCUAAGAAGAUGUAUAACUUUGUGGCUAAAAGAUUUGUCAAUACAACAGCGAAAGUUCAAGAGCAAGCUCUUAAUUGGCUUCAAAUUCUAACAAUGCUUGAAAUAAUGAUUCCACUUACCCAGUUAUUCUCAAUGUUUGGCGACGGUGUACAAGUAAUGAAGGCAACCAUUCAGAGUGAUACAGAUAAGUCUGCCGAAUCAUCAAAACCCUGCGAUGUAACAUACAAUAGGAGCACAAUAUCUCCGGUCGUUGAAGACGAUUCUGGAAAUACAACACCACUGUCUGAUGACAUAAUACCGAUACCACGCCAUAUGGAAUUCACUACAGAUACUGAAUUAAAUCUGUCAUGCUGUAUACUUAUGUUAGAUGUACUAUUGAAACAGAUGGAACUUCAAGAUAUCGAUAAACAUACAGGGAUUAAUACUUGGGUAUGUAGAGAUGCUUGUGGUCUUAUGAAAUCUAUGGUGGCUGCAACCUGGAGUGGAAGUCAUUCUUGUUUAACAGACAAUGAGUGUACUUACUGCGAAUCGAGAGUUAUUUGGCAUCAGCUAUGUUUGCAAUUAGUUACAUACAUGGCACCUGAAAAUCCAGCUUAUCCACCAGACGCAGUUAUUGACGAAGCUGCAGAAGAUCACGGGCGCAAGAGUCCGCCGGAGUCAGAUAAAAAAUCCGACAGUAAGCCUGAUGUUGUAAUCACCAUGCCAGUACCAGAACUGCACUCUGUGGGAGGCGUCCUUGUACAUAUGCCUCACGUAUGUUCUUUCUUUGAACAGAUUAUGACAGCCACUGUAGAAACAGUCUCGGAGCAGCUUGAUUUGACAGCUAUUAUUCCAGCUGAAAGAGUUAUGUCAGCAGUAGCGAGAGCUGUUACGCUUUCUGAAACAGAUGUGGCUACUGCAACUGUCAGUAUAGCAAAGCCUCAGAUUGUGGGGGAAAAUGAUCAACCAGUGAUGACCAGCCCAGAUAAUGAGUUAGAUGACUUUUGGCACACGUCAGUGGGCAAGUUCAGAUUCACAAUAGAAGAUUUGCCAGAACAGCUUCAGUACAUCCAUAAACUUUUGAAGGAAUUAAUAGCUAUUGACAAGCCGGACAUAUUAUAUUACAUGUUGCAAUGUUUGAAUAUCAUGGUUUUGCACGGAGAUGCUUUCAACACCGCAGUUAAAGAUCAUCAAGGUUUUUUCAUAUGGUGUCAAGAAAAUUUGCUCAUUAAAACUCUUUGGGAAUUAUGCAAUGCGGAACAUUCUCACAUUGCUCAGGUAACAGUACCACUGUUAUUACAUUGCAUAACACUUCCCUGUGGAGCUGACACAUUUUGGCACCUCAUUCAGGAAGAAUUUCAUAGUUGCGAUUGGCGCGUUAGAUUUGUUGCUGUUGAGCGAGUAACUUUAAUAGCCAGAUUUAUGGAUUCAACGCCUCUACGAGGUAAUCCAAGCUUGCAAGCAGCCCUUACAAACGCUUUCUGCUAUUUAAUUACCAGCAUGGAUGAUAAUAAUGUACACGUUGCACAACGUGCAACAUUAUACCUGGGCACAAUACAUGACACUGCUAUAAGGUCUCUGAUAUUUUGUCUCGAGACGCAAUUCGAUUCGGUUAUAGUAGAUCGACCCAUGGUGCUUCAAUCUCUCUAUCAAUUACAUAAUAGUCUCAGUGAUAGGCGAAUUCUCACAUGGGAAUUCUUCUUAAAUCGUUUUGAUACGCUAUAUCUGGAAGCACAAAUAAAUUUGGAAAAGGCUGGAGAUAUAGCAUAUCUUCGUGAUCUAAGGAAUACCGAUUUAAAUAGUGAAAUAUUCAUCAGAAAGCUACAUCGAGCACAUGAAGCUCUUUCCCUGUCUGAUGGUAGUAGUACAAGCUUGGUGAAAACUCUGAGUGCCAGUUUUGGUACGAAAUGGCCAUAUAAACGUACAAUGUCUGCACCAGCUUCCACAAUUCCGCGUCAAGAUACGAAACAAGAGAAAGAGAAAGUGUACAGCCGGCAGUACUCGGCGCCUAUCUUAAAGCGCAAGAGCUCCAGGUUUGGAUUGGGUCAGUUGCUGGGGUCCACCCCACCUAAUAACAGUAUCCCAGAUGGUCACAUUCAUUCUUUGAACGUAGCUGAGGAGGGCGCAAACUUACCUGGAUUCAUCCAUAAGGUCAUUGAUCUGGAAGAGUCUGACAAAGAAACUAUCCACUUACUUGUAUUUCUUCUCAUGCAGUUCCUCUCCAGAGCUGAUCAAGCAUUUCCCACCGAUGAAAAACCAUUAUGUAAAACGCAAGGGAUUAUAUUGCGUCAUCUUUACCUUCUUCUUGGAUAUAAUCAAUUGGACCGAACAUUUCACACCUCUCCGCAACGUCUCAGAGUGUCACCAGUAUUCAAUGUCUUUAUUGCAAAUCUGCCGCAACUUCUUGAUCAAAAUCAUAUUAUGGGAUGGAUAAUGGUACCUCCUGUCCUUGCCGUAUUGCAGCAUUGUCCAUGUCCUCCCCAGGGUGUACCUGCUGUUGACCAUCAACCUCCAACUUACAGUCUCUGGUAUUUGGAACCACAUAUUAGACGAACAUGGUUGAUGUCACUUCUGGUUUUAUUAUACAAGUAUCAAUAUGGACAGCAACCGUGGUGUAGCCAACUUCAGUCUUUGAUCAAAAUAGUUUUAAACACUUUGGAUACUCAACAUCAUCAAUGCAGGCGAAUUCCAGCUACUGUCGUUAUGGGAGGACCUCCAUCAAGAUCGCGAGACGUAUCUCAACCUUCUCUUGGAGCAGACCAUGACCUAGCAGCUGGAUGUACUGCAGAACUUGAUGGAGAAAGUCCACCUGGAAGAGUCUCGUCAGCCAUUAUUUCUGUGCAUCAGCGUAGUCCUGGAACAAAUCAUGCACAAUCGCAUGCCAUGGAAACGCACUGGGAAGAAACAACCCCCAGCCUAUAUCCAAAUAAACACUCCAGUUAUUCAAUAAACGCUGAUGAUACGGAGUCAGAACUGGCGGCUAUACCAGAGAGCCCAAAAUCGGACUGCACUCUUCAUGGCAGUAGCAGUGGAUCACUUGGUGAAAUGGAUGAAAGUUCUGGUGUUGUAGGCAGAAAUGUAGCUACUACGAGUAAAAUGAUUGUGCAUGCUGCAGAUAUAGAUCAUUCUAGUUCUACUGAAAAAAACAAGUUACUAGAUGCACAAAGUGUUCAUCAUAAUAAACAUGAAGGUCUUGUACAUCGGCCAACAUGGUUUCUCGGUAGCGAAGAUGACGGACUGCAGGUAAAUAGUGGACUGCCACAUAAGAAGUGGGGCGUACAUGAAGGUGUUAAGAUGAUGGUCACAUCUUCAUUAUUAUCUGGGCAACAACAUUCGCAUAAAUCUACGCCACCACCGAUUUCAGUAGCUAAAGCCACAGUAGUAACACAAUCUGGCUCAAACGGCACUGUUGUAUCCACCAAGCCAACAUUUAGUUCAACUGGACUCGCAAGUGCUAUAGCUGUAGCUACUGGAGUACCUAAUCUUUGUACAGCUAAAACUCAAUCUGUAAAUUCGUAUAGACCUGAUGUGGUGACCAAAGAAAGAGUAUCCACAGUUGUACCAGAGCAGGCAACACAUGUCUCACCUAUACCAAAACAAUUUGGGCGGCAAAAAAACGUUGACCAAAGUACACCCAUAACUUCUCCUGUUUCAAUAUGCCAAACUACGCCAGCUGUCAGUCAGCCACUUGGCAGUGACCAGUCUUGUUCGCCUGUCGUUAGCUCAAUGUCAUCACAGCUUACCAGCACUGAGAAUGGUGAAAAUAUUGCGCCACGAUGGCAAAGUGUUUCUACUCAUCAACAGAUAGUAACACCAACUAUGGAACGAUUGCUCCCCAUUGGUACUGUUGCACGACAACGUACAACUCACCGUGUAUUGAUGUGUGAAGAAACGUAUGGAUCACCGGAAUCCCCCUUAUCCAAGAUGGAUAUACUGACAGUGGGAUCUUCUUUCGAUCAAGACAGUGAAACAUGCAUUUCGAGUGACGUAACAACACCGCGAAGUAUGUCUCAAUUGGAAUUUCCAUUACCAGAACGCCUCUUACCCGUUGGACCACAACGAGACAAUAUAUCUGGCCUUAUAGAACGUGUAUGGCAAGUUCUUGGUGUGCCAGGAGCGGAUGAUAUUUGUCAUCAACAAAAUGAGAAGACAAUACCUGAGAAAAAAAGUUCUAGUUAUGGCCCACAUCCAAAGCGAGAUAAUGUUUCUUCAGAUAACAAGACAUCCUCGGCCUCAGUAUUAACUCCAGUCGCAACUGAGAUCCACUCAAGAUCCCCAAGUCCCAGAAAAUUAACGAAGCAGGUAGCUUUAGAGUCACCCCCUCCUGUGAUCGAAGAAUCUUUUUUAAGGUCUUUAGAGCAUGACCGUAAAAUAAAAAUGGAAGAUUUAUUGCGUAGUCAACGAGAGAAAAUGCGUAAAACACCUUUCAAUAUGACACAGCAUUCAAUUGGAAAUAUCCGACGACCAGAAUCUUGGCCUGGACCACACGUGCAAGCAAAUUUGGAUCCAGUGUUACAACAGGCAUAUCAUGCAGAUUUUAACUUGAAGCAAAGUCUAUUUCGAAUCGGAGAUGAUUGCGUGUAUGACAGAUGUUCUGAAUGUGGGACAGUAAAAGAAGAGUACAGCGAUGAAGAAUUAGGUCUAUGCAUAAUUACAUUGGGUACCUUUAUUCACAGGGAGCCAUCAUUAGCAGCUCCACUUCUUCCAGAAAUUCUAAGCGUUGUCGCUAAAGUUGCUUUGAAUGCCAUGUAUCCGUGGCAAAAUGAGACAAACAUGCAUUUACCUGGAGGAGCAGUGAGCGUAGCGCAUCAAUUUCUGAGAUGUGUUUUGCACCAGUUAGCUCCAAAUGGUGUGUUCGUACAGAUGUUUCAGACACAUACUAAUGAGGCAACGAGAAUGCAGUUCUUCAAAAGUGUAACGCAAGCCUUGGUAGAUUUCAACGAAUUGAACCCAAUUGCUCCACUACAGCUGUUAUUAGAGAGUUUAAAUACAAAGAAAACACUUCCCUUGGAGCGACUCCCAACAAUCCUGCACAACGUUGCUUGUUAUCUCGAUUGUUUACCAUUAGAAGCAGGCUUAGGACCUGGGGCUGCCACUUGGGGUGGCUUGUUAUCACAAAUUGAUGGGCUAUUCCGAAGACUAGUGUUGCUACUUAAUUCUAUCGAAGAUAUAACUCCUCUACUCAGAAUAAUGGUUUCAGUAUUGAAAGUUCCUGGUAUACCGCAGUUUAAGGGAAUGCUUGACCCGUUUUCAAAAGUUCUCAGCUACGCCAUACAGAAUUCAAUAUUAAAGUACAAUUAUCUGACUGAUUUAUGCUACCUGUGUCAUCGUGGAUUCACGCGAGACCGAGACAAGCAUUUUUUAAGUCGAACUGUCGUUUUUGAAUUGGUUCAGGCAAUCAAAUUCAAGAGUACGAUUCCAGACUCAAACUUUUUACUGUUGAUUCACUUCAUUCUCCAGGAUGUGGGAGGUAUGUUACCUAUGAACGUUGCAAUGGAAGAUGUUCAAGCAGAUGUAUCGCCUAUUUAUAAUACAAACUCAUCUGAAUCCUUGCGGAACCAACUAUCAGAUGUUCUAGAUUUUUUAGCCGACUUUCAUACUCUGAGUAAAGUAAAGAGUUACAGCAAAGGCCUUCAAGCCGGAUUAAAUGAAGACACUUUAGGAGGGAUGCUAAAAUGCGGCUUGGCACAAUACUUAGCUUUAGAAAUAACCAGAGGGAAUAGUCGCGAUAACAGAGCAGUAGCAAGAUAUUUACCUUGGCUUUAUAGUCCACCAUCAACUCUACAACAGGGAUCACGUGAGUUCGUUGAUUGCAUAGGUCAUGUACGUCUUCUGUCCUGGCUGCUAUUAGGAUCAUUGACCCACACUGCCCUUCAUGGAAACAGUAAUACAUGGUCCGGCAAUCCACAUAUACAUGGGCCACCGACUCCAUUUGCACAACCUAUACCUCAAGAAGUUUCUUGCCAUAUUGCAGACCACAUUCAAGUUAUACUGUCUGGUUUCCCCGAGCAGUCAAAAACUUCAGUACUACACAUGUCUUCCCUUUUUCAUACUUUUAUUUUGUGCCAGCUCUGGACUGUCUAUUUAGAAGAAGUUUCUAAGCGUAAUUUGACCACUAGCGAAACCCAUAGUGUAACAAUGAGUAUACUACUUGAUUUUUGGGGUAAAGUUACACCCUGUGUCCUCCAACUUGUGACGCAUUCUAAAGUGCUGGCAGAGAUGGUGAACUUGCAUUUUUUAAGUUUAUUGGAAGCACUGUUGGAGUGUCAAUCCACUUUACUUAGCAAGCUACUACCUCUCUGGAGCCCGAUUUUAUUUGCCCAUCAUAUUCAGUUGCCAGGCCAAUUACAAAUGCGUCUUCAGAAUUGUCGGAACUUUCCCCCCACAAAACCAACUGAAUAUUUGGGAAAAGCUGACAGUCCCAGUGUAGAACAGCGUGAUUCCAAUCCAGUGUUGAUGCGAUGGCUUCAUCGCUUACAAUUUAAAAUGGGGCAAAUUGAGUUACAAUCUUCGACAGCUACUCAAUUUUACUCUAUCUGAAAAAAUAAAGUCAAUAAGUGUUCCUUUGCUGGUUUCUUGAUGUUGAAACUGUUUGUUUAACUCCUGCUAGUUGGAACAUACCUAUUUUUCCGUGAUAGUAUCAAUUAAUUAAAUACGCAGAAUUAUGGUUCUAUUCAGCACUGUUUUUGAGUUUAUAUGUAUAUAAUGAUUGUUAAAUAAUUGUUGAGUAAUUCCUGUUCGAGUAGACAAUAGAGAAUUCAGUUUAGGUAUUACUAUUUGUUCAGUGUCUCACAUGGUUUUCAGAGUCUAUUAUAACGAGAGCACAUUGUGCAGCGGAUGUUUCAUGCUCAAAUCGAGACUACUGAGGAUUAAGACAAGACAUAGAGUCACCUUGGGUAGGUUGGAAGGUUCGUUUCAUGAGAUCCUUUCAGCAUAAUUAUUAUCUAUUUAUAGUGAGGCUUGCCAGACGUUCCGCAAUUCGUGCGACAGUCCGGUGAUGAAACAGUGUACUAGGUCAUGCACACUAUUUAAAUUUCAAUCAAAUAUGUUAUGAAAAGGGUACUUGUUUUAUAGCUUCUCGCUCUAAUCUUUUAUAACCUUAAGUUUAAAUAAACAUGGUUUCAUGCAGA